ACAGCAUUAGAUUCCCGUUUUAUUUCGACACUUCAAAUGCCAGUCAGUUCCCAUGGCGAUGGAGCUUAGCCAAUUAGUUCUAAUCGCUUGCGCAAGAGACCACUAAAAACCAUAAUUGAAGUUUGUUGCCUAAGUCAUUUGUUUCAAGCCAAAAAAGUAAAAACUGCCCGAGGACCUCCGGCCGGUCGUUCGGCAUGUGUCUAUGGAAACUGGCGCAAUUGUUGUUCAAACAUAAACAAAUGCUGUGAGCCGGCAGUUGAGCCAGCUAACGGGAAUGCAGGUCGCUGCCGCCGCCGCUACAGCUAGUGUCUGGGCGUUAGUUGUGCGUGCAAACCGGUUGCCCCAAACGCAGAGCAGUCGUAGCUGAACAUUCUUUGAGUAGACAGACAAUUUUUGGUCAUCAGGGCAUUGUUAACGAAUACGUGUUACGGCGCGGCAUCGUCAUGAAGAGAUGCUAUUGUGGCUACAGUGGUGGAAGCAGCAUCUUAAAGCCGACGCGCCACGUCGACAAACUGCAGCAGCGCCAGCCACUGCGCAGCGAUCGCUUAUCGGUGACGUCAUCGUCCAGGCAGAGCGCAUAUCCCACGCAGUUCGUAAAGCGGCCCAGCCUGAAGAGAACCGUGGAACCGCUGGGCUUGGGUCAUUCCAAGAGCGAGCUCGCGCGUAACUUCAGCAGACGGAAUUCGGCAGCAACCACGCUGAGUCAUUGCUCCAGCUGGUGCAGCAGUUGCGGCUGUGCUCCACAGCAAAAGCAGCGCGAGAAUCGCGUCAAGGUGCUGAGCUGGGACACCGGAGAUCACCAAGGCAACACCAGCAGCGGUCACAACAACACCAAUAAUACCCACUGUGAGCACACCUACAAUCGACGUCUCUAUGAGCAACGCGCCUGCGCCGUUAGCCGCGUGGCAACCGAAGGUCAGGGUCAGGUUCAUAGUAGUAUGUCUGCGACUCCCUCGCCAACGCCCAACUGCACAACGAGCGAAAAUACUGAACUGCAGCGCCUGCUACAACUACAGCAGUUCCGGCUACUCAAUGCCAGCGAGUGCUUCAGUGACCAGCGGCAGGAUGAGUUGCGUCUACAGCAGGCCUAUGACAAACUGGGCGUGGCCCACAAUGCCAAGCGGGAGAAGAACAAAGCAAAUGAGUGCAGGCAACAGAACAUGAUGGCAACAACAACAACUGCAACGUGUACCACGCCCUAUGCGCUGCGUCAAAAGCUGCUGCAGCUGCGCCUACGCGAGGAGCAGGCCACCGGCCGAGGCUCGGGAGCAAUGUGCGCGCCCUUGGAGAAAAGCUGCGCCCUCAAAUAUAAUCGCGUAGAUUAAAAUAGUAUUACAUAGU